AUUGGCUGACAAGCUGAGUGAGUUUCCGAACGCAAUGGUUGACGCACGCAUGAAAGUUCGACUGCUUUAGUUUCGAAAGUUUGUGUUAAAAUCUUAAUAAAUUCAGUGUAAAAACAACGAAAAAGGAACGACUUUAAUAAAUAACAUAACUAACGUUUACUCUUUAUUGGAAUGUAAUGUGAAUAUUAAUACAAGUUAAUUAAAACGAAGUGAAGCUAAGUGAUCAAGUUUAACUUUUUGUGUCAACAAGUUUAUAUCCUUUACUUGAAAGUUUUUGAAACAAGGCCGUGAUUCAAAGAUUUUCUUCUCAUCCCGUGCGAAGAUCAACCAAGGGAAACUGUUAUGACGGUACUCAAAGCUGCUAACAAUGGAAGUAUCAGAGAGACAAUCCCACAACUUGAAUAGCUAGAAAACAUAAUAAAAACAAACCAAUUACCGCGCACAGCUAUGUGAAAAAAUAUAAUGUGACAUAACGCCAUCUAGCGGUUUGAUUGCGAACUAGGUUGGACUGUGAAAGUGUUUGAAAUCAAGAUGAAGUUGAAUUUGUUUAAACGGUCGAUGAUUUUUGCGACUUUUUUUGGUUCGUGUUUGUGUAUAGCGUUGAUAGUGGCGUCUUUGGGGACUACGCAUUGGAUCGAUGCGCGUGCGCGGAGAACGUCGAACCCUUUGGAGUCGGAAGGCAGGAUCAGUUUUGGCCUCUUUGAAGGUCGGAAGGAGCUGAACUUCGGAUAUGGGUGGAGGAACCAUGAUUUUAGUAUAAAAGCGGGCACACACCCAGCUCGUCGAUGGGCAUGGUGCGGCACAGCGGCUCUUCUGGGCGCAGCAGUGGUGUCGGCGGGCGGCGCUUGCGUGCUGGCAGCGCUUGGAUCCGCAGCGAGAGCGCGGUGCUCGCCUAGACCGCUGCUUAUUAGUAACUCCUUAGCAGUGCUAUUCAGCCUCGGAGCGAUAGCAGUUUGGCUGACGGAGUACUUCCUGAGACUGCAGCACAACGUCAUGUCGGACGAGGAUCUAGCCAACACCUGGUCUUCUGACGACACUGCUGACCUUGGACUCUCCUUCUGGUUGGUGGUAUCAGCAAGCAUAGCAGCAUUCAUCAACGAUGUUUGCAUUCUCAUAGCAAUGGCGGACGGACGGGACAUCGAUACCAUCGCGCCGGCACUAGAGGAGAAAGUCAACGGAGCUAUCAUGUUGUAUUAGUCAUUUUCAACCUUAAGGCAAGGUCAUAAGGUUUGGUUUUCCUUGUCACCUACAUAUUGAAAGCCAAUCCAGAAAAAUAUUGAUCCAAAAUAAGAAAUAGUUAUCAACCUCAAAACAACAGCGUUAAGGUCUGGUUUUGUUCGUCAUUUACAUACACCAAUCUUGAUAGUUCUUGAUCCAAUAUAAUAUAUUGGUAAUCAACCUUAAGACGACUGUGUUAAGGUCUGGUUUUGCUUGUCAUUAACAUAUUGGAACUCGUUCAUCAACGAUGUUUGCAUUCUCAUAGCAAUGGCGGUCGGUCGAGACAUCGACACUAUCGCGCCGGCACUAGAGGAGAAAGUCAACGGGGCUAUCAUGUUGUAUUAGUCAUUUUCAACCUUAAUACAAGGUGAUAAGGUCCGGUUUUGCUUGUCAUUUACAUACACCAAUCUUGAAGGCUUUUGAUCCUAAUAACACAUUGGUAAUCAACCUUAAGACGACAUGUUAAAGUCUGAUUUUGAUCCAAAAUAAGAAAUGGACAUUUGGUAAGGCUGCCCGCCUACGUCCGAUAAAUCGGUGACCGAUUUUUUUUGUAGGAUAAAAUAGAAACACAAUGAUAAGAUAUCUAAAGGCUCUUAAACACAGGGCCGCCGGGCAAGCCGCCGCCCAAGCACCUGGCGGCAUAUAAAGCCGUCGGCUUUGCCGUACAAAGAAGCCGCCGGCCCGACCAACCACCCAAAACAACGAUUUUGUGCCACUUGUAUUGCCGGCGGCAUAGCCGCUGGGCAUGUGUUUAGUAGCCUUAACACUUUUCUACACAUAUUUGGGUAAUAAUACAUGAUUCAGAAUUGUUGUAUGUAAAAGGCAAACUGUUCUAUCGCACAAAGCUUACCCGUGUUACAUAAAUCCAUUGUUUCACAACAGCAGACUUUUCUAAAGUUUGGGCUAAAUACCUAAGUUGGCCAAAAUAGGAACUAAAAUUUGAUAGAACUGUAAAUAAAUGCACUGACGGACGUAGGAAAAUCAAUUUAUUGCCCAUAAGAAAAAUAAAAUGGAAUGUGUUUAUAAAUUCGACAUAAUAUAACAACUUGACAAGUAAGUAGCGAUAAAAGCCGGUUUAAAUGGUAGUAAUUAUAAAAAAAUGCUCAGACUUUCAUUCCACUAGUUAUAAUUUCCCCUUAACUUCCCCAAACUGUAUUAUUUUAUUCCCCAAAUAAUUUAUAAGUUGUAAGAAGGCUGAAUGUUAGGUUAAGUUCUAAACGUAACUUAAGUUGUGAUUAACUCCGUCCAUUUUUUAUUAUGUUUAAGUAAUUAUUAUUGUAAAUGUGUUAUUAUAAAAUGUGUAAACGUGAUUAACCUUAUACGUAUUUAACUUUUCACCUAAAAUUAAACAUGCAAUAAAACCGUAUGCGACAAUUUCUGCUCCUCAAACUUGCUAGGUAUUGUAUAAUAAAGUGAAAAUUCUUUUCUUCUUGUGAUUGCUAAGAACUUUAGACUCAUAAAGCAUCUUCAUAUGUUAAGUAUGUUGCUAACUUUGAAAAUAAUGGGUGAAAAUAUUUUGUUAAGUAUUCAAUAAUUGCCUCAUAAGAACAAAUUCAUAUAAUUUACUCAUGGAGGAACAAAAUGUAUAUCUAUGUUUUGAAAUAAGUUCUUCCUUUUUUAAAAGAUCUGCAAGCGACACUGUUACGUCAUGAUAUUCUGUUCCUACCAUUGAUAUCCAAAACCCAAGAUGCACACUCAACGUCUCAAAAACGUCCUCACCAAAUGAGCGCAACAUUCAAAAUUGUGCGCUCAUUUUCUUUGCCCUAGCCGACCACUUCGGUCGUAAAAUUUUAUUGCUUUAACUACAGCGCGUUGUAAUAACGACUUUAAACAAUUCGCGUAAAGUUGAACUUGCAAUAACGUUUGCUUGUACCUUAUAGAAGGAGAUAGAAUUAGUGUUCGGGGACACUUUCGAGCGUUACUUUUAUUCGAGACUGUGCAUCUUGGGUUUUUGUAUAUCAAUGGUUGCUACCUACAAAAUGGUUUCUGCGAUGUACUGAGCCGCCAUGUAGUUGAAGGACGAACUAAUAUACAUCAGUACACAGCUAAAGCUGAGGUGCACCAUUAAACAACGAUAACCAGCCGAAUACUUGCCGCCCGUUUGCGAAAUCGGCAAUUUGACAACUGAAAAUAGUUCGCUUAUAGUUAGUUAUUAUGGUGUACCUCACCGUAAGUAUACUUACAGUAAUAUUCUCAAAAAAUUUAGUAACAUAGUAUACUCUUACUUUUAACAUUAUUUCCGUCCAAAGGUUAAGAUAAAUAUUUACUCAGCACAUAAUUUUGUUUAUUAGUUGUGCCAUUAGGUUAAAUAAAACACACCUCUUAUGUAUUAAUUUUAUACAAUGUAAUAAUCUUAUUU